GAUUGUUCCACACAGUGAGUGGCGUGCCUGUGUAAAUGUAUAUGUGUGUUUGUGUGUGUGUGUGUGUGUGUGUGUGUGUGUGUGAGAGACAUUGACUUAGAGAGGGAUAACAGGGCAAGUGUUUGGUAAUCUGCGUUUCUGUGUUUCAGUCUGAUAUCAACAGACAGGGAGUACACGUGUAUUCUGUAUCUGUAAGUGUGUGUGUGUGUGUGUGUGUGUGAGUGUUUUGUGUUGUUUUUUUGCAGUUGUUGUCAAAAUGGAAGCAAAGCAGCUCUUAAACACGGCAGCACUUCGCACAACUCCAUUUCAUACGGUGAGUGACGUUAAAUUCCUUUCGUGUUUCACCUCCAAAAUUAGCUCUCCCAUAAUCAAUAUUCAACAGAAUGGAUGGAAUCUGCACCACUGAAUAUAAGCUAAUUUGUAAUAUGCCAUUCAGAUAGGAGCAAACAUGCUAAUAGUGAGAUAAUGCUACGGUUGUAAUAUUAUUUUUAGCCAUGCCAACGGGGUGGCUCUUGGGAUUGCAAUUUCAUCAGGUUGAUCAACAAUGUUGGUCCAGACUGAAAUAUCUAUUGGAUGGAUUGCCACAAAAUUUGGUACAGAUAUUCAUGGUCCCCAGAGGACGAAUCUUAAUUACGCUGGUGAUUUUGAGGUUGACAUUUUUGUUCUUCAGUCUAGACAACCAUGGGUUGCAGUGAAGUUUGAUGCAGACAUUCAUGCCCCUCUCAUCUAGCGCCAUCAUCAGGACAAGUUCUAUAGAGUACUGCAGGGAUGAUGUAUUUUUGUUGGCCAGCCCCGGAAGUUGGCAUCACACUAGUUCCUUCGACAAAACAGCCAAUGGAUUUUGAGAUAUGGCAGAAAAUAAGCUCUGUGACAAAUUUUCACAAAUGAACUCCGUUUUUGUGAUUUUUGAAGCGUGAAUGCAAUCGGAAGUAGUUAAUAGCUAACGUUAGGAUAAACCAACUACACCACAAUCACAUGAGCACAAUUAUUCGCAACAAGAACGUUCAUUUGGAUGGGAAUUCCUGCUAAAUGUGUUAACCUUUGCACCCAGGCAUGCCUCCUGGUGACACUGCAAUCCCCCUUGCAUUACGGCCAUGUUGGUUUAUGGAAUGUGAUAAUAUGACCAGCUGAUCACGUCACAUGACUAGAUCGUGUGAGAAAAUCUGUUCCACUUUCUCUCUCUGUUAGAACCCCCACACUGAUACAAUCACCUUGUUUGUAUGAUCAGUGUUUCAGCUGCAUUAUAUUUAGAAGUUCAGUCUUUUGGUGAAAUAUUUCAGUCUGUAAUCGGACUCUUUUACUGGCGGGUGAUUUUAAAGGUUUCAGGAAUAUCAGUUCACAACUGCAGAUGCAUCAGUUUGCACCAAAAUGGAAAAAAUAAACUUACAGUACUUUCCGCUAUUGACACAAAUGACUUUAUGCAACUUAAAAUGUGGUAAUUAAUAGUAGCCUUGUUGCGCUAUAAAACACCAUAUCCUAUGUCAACAGUAUAAAAGUAUUACUUUGUCUGUGGGUCUUAAUAGCUAUGUAGUGACAUGUAGGUCUUCAUGGUCUAUUUGAAUGAUCUUGCUUCACUAUAAGGGGACCAUAGGGGACAUGAGGAAGCAUUCAGAUGCUUUACUUCAGUAAAAGUACCAAUGUUACAUCUUAAAAUAGAUUUUAUGACAACUAAAAGUCCUGCUUUCAAAAUCUAUUUUAGUGAACGUACAAAAGUAUCAGUCGUAAAAUAACACUUAUAUUACAUUAUUUGACUGUUGUAACUGGUUGAGGUUGUGGUGGUUGUGAUAUGACUGAUGGGGCAGGAAAGAAGAGAAAACACACAUUUGUAUUCUUUUUUUGUGGGGGGAGUUUAAUCUUUGUUUUGUUUUUCUUUGGUGGAACUGAUCAGAACUGAAAUACGACGAGGGGCCCCAACAACACGCUGCUUUUUUAAAUAAGGGGCCAUAAAGGUGGAAAGCUACAGGUUUAAUCUUCAACAAUGUGUUUUAGAAGCACAUGUUUUUUAUAGAAAAUCUUAAUCUGAAAAGCAACUACAGCUGUUAGGUGAAUAUAGUAAAGAGUACAGUAUAUCCUUCUAAACUAGUGGAAUAUAAGUAGAAAGUAUAGCAUACACUUUAUAUUUUACAUUAGGCUCUCCUAUUGUAUCACUAUAAUGUUUUGAUUUCAUUUCUAUGGGUAGUUUAUUGUCCCGAAUACCAUAUUUUUCCAUCUGAUAUUAAAAUAUUUUUUGUGAAAAAUUAUAAUAAUAAUCAUACAUUAUUUUUCUUGUAGUAUUCAUGCCUCCUAGGCCCUCAUUUCAAUAGGAAUGUUUAAGCUUAUUCUAAUAAAACCUCGUUAACAAUGCUUCUCCCUUUAAGGCCACACUCCGCUGCUGAAGGAGAAGCAUCGUUGCUAUUGUUGCAUCUCUGGUCUCCUCCUUCCUUCCUCCUCCUUUCCCCUCCCUUCACUCAUCCAUCCAUCCGUCCACCCUCUCUCUGCUCUCCGCAUACGCACACCGAUUUUCGCAUCGCCUCCUCCGGCACGAUGACCAACGAUUCCCCGGAGGAGACCCGAGUUCCGGGCGGCGGCGGCGGCGGCGGCAGAGGAGGAGGAGGUGGAAAAGGAAACACGCGGAGGAACCGAGCAGACGACAAUGUCACCAUGCUGACAUCCUCCAUGGAUCUACAGAGAGCCAGCCGGAGCCGAGCCAGCAGCAGCAACGAUGCCGCCCCGAGCAUCACCUCCUCCCUGGAGCUGAGCAUCCAGACGCGCAUCUUUAAGAUCAUCGUCAUCGGGGACUCGAACGUGGGGAAGACCUGCCUCACCUUCCGCUUCACCGGGGGGAGCUUCCCCGACAAGACCGAGGCCACCAUCGGCGUGGAUUUCCGGGAGAAGGCGGUGGAGAUCCAAGGGGAGACUAUCAAGGUGCAGGUAUGGGACACAGCGGGCCAGGAGCGUUUUCGUAAAUCAAUGGUGGAACACUACUACCGCAAUGUCCACGCAGUUGUCUUUGUGUAUGACGUCACCAAGAUGGCUUCCUUCCGCAACCUACAGACGUGGAUAGAGGAGUGUAAUGGCCAUCGCGUCUCGGCGUCAGUACCUCGAGUCCUGGUUGGGAACAAGUGUGACCUUGUGGACCAAAUACAGGUGCCCUCCAAUAUGGCGUUGAAGUUCGCCGACUCCCACAACAUGUUUCGAGGAAGAGGAGGAUAGGGUGGAAUGGGUGAGGAGAGGGGCGAAGAUAGAGGGAAAAGGGAUUUAUUAACAUUUCAGAAAUGAGACGAUGUUGCCUUUUAGACUACACAGGACUGUAGGAAUUCUUCCUUUUAUUCAAACACGGACAGAAUCUGAGUAAAACAUACUUUCAGAGCGCACAAACGCAACAGAUAAGUCAUUUUGGGGAUCUAGAACAAACUGUUGUCUCCUAAACCAGCCCUAGUUUGGUGUUUUAUGACAGCCAUUACUAACAGCAACAUUCUGAGGUGACACAUCACAACACAGUCUAGUUUUUUGCUGCCUUAUCCUUAUUGAAUUUCAUCCAACUGUUUUCUACUGCCUUAAAAAGCUGCCUCGGUCAAGCAAAAGUAGCAAAGAGGUCUCAAGUAUUGUAACCGCUCAAGAUGAUCUUGAUUCGACCAACCAAACACUCUCAGAAUUGUACCUGAUAUCUUUCUGGGUCAAUCCUUCACGAGCAGGACAGUCGACUUAAAAUCACUGUGAGAUCACGAAUACGUGGGGGGGGGGCACACUUCUUUGACAAACAAUGCAGGGAGACCUCGGCAGCGAUGUUUUUUCUGACAACGGAAAAAGGUCGUCGGGCAGAUUGUCACGUAUUGAUUUAGAGGCUGUAGGAUCCUCUUAAAAGCACUCUCCUACGAAGACGGGCCGUCAAUGCGAGGCCCUUUUCUUUUUUAAAUCAUCUAAUCCCGAUGUAGACACACCCCCAUCUAUGCUUAUCCACGUUUCCCUUCCGUGUGCAAAUUCACAAACACCCAGUCUUAUGUGCCGUAUGGGACUUCAAGCUAGCCUAAAGAAUUUCGUAUUCUGUAAUGAACACGUUUCAAAGUAAAGGCCCUUCUGUCUGUCUUCAAUAUCAGUAUCACUGCCUCCGGUCUCAGAAGGGACGGGGAACACGAUAAGAGAACUGGGACCCCUGUAUUUCUGUACACGGCUACACAUCCUGAGCCCGGGUGUGUAAGGGGAAUGGCGAUACGGGCUGCAUGAAAACGCAGUAGAAAGCCAUAUUCACUAUUUACUGUACACAUAAGAUGCAGAGUGCUUCACAUUGAGAUGGCUCCCUGCUGGGUCGAAGAUGGAAGACUAAACUGUGCAUAACGGCGCUACGAGGCCUUUGUAAUAAGGCAUCAAUCCGCACGCCCGACUGUAGCAGCAAAGUCACUAUACCGACCCUAUUUUAACGCUGUAGUCUACUUUCGAGCUACGCUGUAAAUACAUCUGGAUGCCAUAUGUAAAACAUUCAGAUCGGUGAGCAUUUCAGACCAAUCCAAGCUGACCUAAUUGAUCCGUCCAAGUCAGGAAUUCUUCGUGUACGUUUUCAUCAGCAGGAUCAAGUGGCCGUUACAGGUGAAUAACGUGGCAUUACUGUAAAAAAUAGCAGGAAAGGCUAGUCUGUGACAGGCAACCCGGACCCGUAGGUUCAACAAAAGCUGGGCAAAAAGAACACACGAACACUAGGAUGACGCCCGUUAUCUAAGCUGUUUAUUCUGUUGAGGGGUGAGCGGGGUGGCGGGGUCAUAUCCCAGCACAUAGUACGUUAUCUGUUAGCAAAUAUCUGUGGCACUGUUUACCAUUAGGUUAGCAUCACGUGGCUCAUUUAGUCGCUGUAAUACAUGUGAGACGACUGUACUGGCCUGCUGAGGGGAAAAUUUUAAAAAAAAAGACAUGUGCCUGCAUUUCCUUCAUACACUUAGCAGACCUGAAUAAAAUAACAUGUGGUUUGGUAUGAUUGCAAAAGUAAAAGGAAGGUCUGAUAAAGUUA